AUGGAGAAGACAGGCUAUAUAUCCUCUACGGAAACAAAGAACAUCACCGAGAGCUUAGAGAUCUCUACGGCUGCCUUACGCAAGCUAGAAAAUACACAAGACUCCAGUACUUUGCGAACUUGUCCCUUUGAUCAUGGAAAGCGUAGAACUUCGAUGGAACAUGAUUUCACGACAAAUGGCAUCAAGGGUGCACUUGGUUGCCCUUUCAAAAACUCCAACUCAUCGGCCGAUGCAGGAGAAGAAACAAAUAUAAAUGGUGAAAGCUGUCAGAAUGACGACGGAGACCCCAUUAAGCUGGAGAAGAUUGGAGAAGGUGUGCCUUCAACAGUUCACUCCUCGUCGGCACGCUGCCCCAUCCGGUACCUGGGGGAUCAUUCUCCUGAGGAACUGGCAGAAUACUUUCUGAACCACAAGCAUGAGAUUCCAAGAAGUCACUCAGUUUGUAUUCGCCGGUACCAGAAUAAUCCCCAGACAAGCCGGAAAAUUGAUGCCAAAUAUGGCAAUGUGAUAAAUAUGGUGAAAGGGCUUGGCGAAUACCAUCAGCCUUACCUAUCAGUCCCUCAUGAAAUAGACGAAACCCGGCAGGGAGAUACGGAUCCUGUUGCUCAGCCCAGCUCAGUCGAGCGAGUUGAAAAAUGGGCAGAAGAUGUGAGCAAUAAGUCACCGCCGGCGGGCUCAACGUCUCCUGAGGAAAUCGAAACUGCUGCACCUGCUCCGGACGAACACCAGGGCCUCACAAAUGGCGACUAUGACCGACAGGGCCACUUCGAACGCCCUCUACGCGAUGUACGUGUAGGGGAAUCGCCGAGUCGCCCUUGGGGUAUUCAUGUACCUCCUGAACAGCCUGCCGUAGACCAUACCUUUACCCAUCCACCCGAGUCACACUAUGAGAAGCCGGAAGUGGUAGAUGAGGAACCAACGAUGCUUUUGCCCUCUCAAGGCCGCCUAAGUCCUCUUGGACAAGCGUCGACGUUCGGGAAUGACGCAGAAGCAGAGGCUGAAGCCAAUGCCACUCUCGAUGCGGCUGUGGACGAAGACGAACAACCUGGCCCUGAAAUUGAUGAGGCAAGCAGCCAUCGUCGUAUUCACUCGCAUCAUCAAAUGCCGCACACAAAUACCCAAACAAAUACUUACUCCGUCCCGCGAUCAAAUCUUUCCCCAGAGGCGCCUAUUACCCAUAUACCCAAUCCACAGCCGAGAAUGGUCUUUAACGGGCCGGUAUUUUUUGGGUAUACUGCCGAAGCAGCAGCCAUGCUGUUGGAAAAGAUGGGCAGUAAAUAG